AUGUUGACUUCCUCGCCUGCGUUGGGCUGUACCAACGAGAACGACGAGGGGGGGGCCGACCUGCAGGGCAGCCGAGACGGAGCGGCAUCAUCCUUCCAGAGUUCGUCGCAGAAGUCGAAACGGAUGCGGACGUCGUUCAAGCACCACCAGCUGCGCACCAUGAAGUCCUACUUCGCACUCAACCACAACCCCGACGCCAAAGACCUGAAACAGCUCGCACAGAAGACGGGGCUCACCAAGCGCGUCCUGCAGGUUUGGUUCCAAAACGCCCGAGCCAAGUUCAGACGCAACCUGCUGAGGCAGGAGAGUGGGGGCGGGGGGGCGGGGCUUCAGCGUCGGGGGGCGGGGCGUCGGGUCAUGAGGGCGGAGCCUCGUCGAUUGGGGGCGUGGCCUCGGCUCUAG